UUGUAAAGAAGAAAAAAUGUAGCCAUUCAACACUCACAAAUCAAACACCCCCCAUUCCUCUCUUCUCUAUAUAACAUCCUUUCAACUCGAUCCUCUCUACUUUUCAUAUCCAAAAAAUUCUUCCAUUUCAAACUUUUCCUUUUCAAUGGCACCACCUCUCUCUGUUGUCAUUCUGGGUGUUGUGCUCGCAUUGGCAGCUUUAACUGCCCAAGCGGAGGCCGGUCGAAGUUUCUUCGUCUUUGGAGACUCUCUGGUUGACAAUGGCAACAACAACUACCUUGCCACCACGGCCCGAGCAGACUCGUAUCCGUAUGGCAUUGAUUUCCCAACGCAUCGCCCCACUGGUCGCUUCUCCAAUGGCCUUAAUAUCCCUGACUAUAUCAGUCAGCAACUCGGUUCGGAGUUCUUACUACCGUAUUUGAAUCCGGAGCUCAAUGGUCGGAGGUUAUUAGACGGAGCAAAUUUUGCUUCGGCCGGCAUUGGCAUUUUGAAUGACACCGGAAUACAGUUUAUAAACAUAAUAAGAAUGUUCAGGCAAUACGAGUAUUUUGAAGAGUACCAAAGAAGGGUUGGAAGAAUAAUAGGAGAAGAGAGAACAAAAGAACUGGUGAAGGGAGCAUUGGUGCUAAUCACCGUUGGUGGCAAUGAUUUCGUAAACAAUUACUAUCUCGUCCCCUUCUCUGCCAGGUCAAGGCAAUACUCUCUCCCUGACUACGUCAACCUCCUCAUCGUCGAGUAUCGAAAACUCCUUCUCAGGCUAUAUGAGCUCGGGGCGCGACGAGUUCUGGUGACGGGAACUGGGCCGCUUGGGUGUGUUCCUGCAGAAUUGGCUAUGCGAGGAAGUAGCGGCGGGCAGUGUUCCGAGGAGCUGCAGCGGGCGGCCGCGCUCUAUAAUCCAAAGCUUCUUCAGAUGAUCAAAGGACUCAACACCCAACUUGGUUCCAAUGUGUUUGUGGCUGUCAAUACUCAACAAAUGCAUAUUGAUUUCAUCUCCAACCCUCGAGCAUACGGGUUUGAAACAUCAAAAGUGGCAUGUUGUGGACAAGGGCCAUAUAAUGGAUUAGGGCUUUGCACAGUGGCAUCAAACUUAUGUUCCAACAGAGACGCAUAUGCCUUUUGGGAUGCCUUUCAUCCUUCUGAAAAGGCUAAUGGAAUCAUUGUCAAACAAAUGUUUUCAGGCACAACUCAAUACAUGUACCCUAUGAACCUCACUACCAUCCUUCAAUUGGAUUCCAAGACUUGACUUAUUUUUUCAAAAUUUAUCACUACCAACAAGGACAAGCCACAAAUUAAUCCAAAAGAUAUAACCUAAAAUGUCCUUUUUUACACCUACCAUUUCAAAACCCUUGUUGGUUUUGGAAUUAUAUAUCUGUCUCUCUUUAAUGUAACAUUUGCUUCGUUUUAUAUUUGGUUUUGUGUUAUUGGCUUCAUCAAAAGAAUGGGGCAUCUUUUGAAUUUAAAACAUUCUACUUAUUAAUAUAUAUCAUCCUCUCUCUCUCUCUCUCUUUC